AUGUCCUCCGCAAACAACAAAGACGGCGCAGAGCCAUGGAAGAUUGCUUCGGUGGUCUCCUUCUACAUGUGCGCUGCGCUUGUGAUGGUCUUCGUGAACAAGGCCGUCUUGAAUUCCUCACCUGAGCUGCCUAUGCUCUUCUUGUUCAUCCAGCUAUCCUUAGCGGUGAUCCUGUUACAUGGCGCGGCGUUUGUUUCUCACAAGGUUGAGAUCCCGAGAUUGGACGCGGCGAGCGCAAAGAAGCUUACCCCGCUCAUCCUCGUCAAUGUCAUCGGCUUGGUGUUCAAUACUCUCUGCCUGCGAGGCGUCGAUGCAUCUUUCUUCCAGAUCGCCCGAGGUCUUGUCCUGCCUCUCACCAUCGCGGUCUCUUCGCUGCACACGCGUACGACACCGUCCAUGCGUGUAGUCCUGGCUGCGACAAUGGUCACCAUCGGUUUCUUCCUCGGCGUCGCACCGUCAUCGUUCCCGAGCUUCGAUGUCGAAGCCGAGCCCACGCCCUCGCGCACAAACACGAGCGGACUGUCUAUAUUCUACGGCGUCUUGUCAUCUGUCUUCAUCGCUGUCCACUCGGUGCUCAUCAAGAUGUCUCUCCCACACGCCAACAACUCAACCAUCCAACUCGCGUACUGGCAGAACCUUGGCUCAGCGCUCUUCCUCGCGCCUGUCCUCCUGCUCCAAGGUGAAAUUGGCAAACUCUCGGAGCUCGCUAGCCUGCCCUCUUGGAAUGGCUCUGUCUUCGUUUGGGGCAGCUUGGUGACUGGCGUAUUCGGGUUCCUGCUAUGCGUGGCCGGACUGCUUAGCGUCAAGGUGACAAGCCCCAUCACACACAUGUUCUCGAGCGCUGCUCGUUCAGUUAUUCAAACCUUGCUUGGCGCCUGGCUGUUCAAUGAUCUGCUAACCACAAACCGCGCCGCCUCGAUACUCGUCAUCACCCUCGGCACCGUGUACUAUACUUGGGUCAAGGCCGUCGAAACCGCUCCCCGGCCGCAGCUUCGCGACAAGGAUCUCGAGGCGCACAGCAGCCUGAUGAAGGGCGACGACGACACCCUCGAAGAAGCCGCAAUGGAGAUGCAAAAUCAUCCCGAGAAGAAGAUGGCCCGGGGUUAG